CCUUGAUAAAUGAGAGAGAGAGAGAGAAAGAGAGAGAGAGAGAGAGGUUGGUGAGAGAGAGAGCCAGGUAGGUUGGUAUUUUUGUAGUGUUGUUCCAAGCAAUUUUCCAGUUUACAGUGUUAGCAAAGGGAGAGAGAGAGGUAAAGAAGAGAGAAAAACACAGACACAAACACAAUGUUUAAUGGAGUAUCAGAUCAGUUUCACCAAUUGAUAGCAGCCUCAAGAACAACACUCCCCCUCCCUCCUCCUCUCUCUUUUCCUAUCCAUGCCUCUUCACACCCUCCUACUACCUUCCCUCCCUAUGAUCCUUACAACCCUUCUCACCAAGUACCCCUCCAACCAAACCUUUUGCACCAAUUGCAACACCAGCCUCCAACGCAAAAACAUGAAGAGAAAGAAGAAAUUAACUUGGUGCCUAUGAAUUUAGAGAUUGAAAGAGAUAGAUCAAUACCAGAGCCAAUGGAUCCAGUAUGGAAUAAUGAAGAAGUGCUUGCACUUUUGAGAAUCAGAUCUAGCAUAGAGAAUUGGUUCCCUGAGUUCACUUGGGAACAUGUCUCAAGGAAGUUAGCAGAGCUUGGUUUCAGAAGGAGUGCUGAGAAAUGCAAGGAUAAGUUUGAAGAGGAAAGUAGAUAUUUCAAUAGCAACAUUAACUACAGCAAGAACUACAGGUUUUUAAGUGAACUUGAAGUGAUAUAUCAUAAUGAACAAAACCCUCAUCAGGUUGAGCCAGCCGAAAAGAACCAAAGGGUGGAAAAGCCAAGCGAUCAACAAGGAGAAGAAGACAAGUUGGGGCAGAGUUUGGAAGUAAAGUCACCAGGAGAUGGAACAGUUAAUGAAAAGCAAACUCAUGAUGAGAAUAAUGAAACUGAUCUUGUGGAGGGAAAGUCAAAGAGCAAUAUUAAGAAGAGAAAGAGGCAGAAGAAUUUUGAGAUGCUCAAAGGUUUGUGUGAGAAAAUUGUGAGCAAGAUGAUGGCUCAACAAGAGGAAAUGCAUAACAGGCUUCUUGAAGAUAUGGUGAAGAGAGAUGAAGAAAAGGUUGCAAAAGAAGAAGCUUGGAAGAAGCAAGAGAUGGAUAGGAUGAAUAAGGAGCUUGAAAUUAUGGCACAAGAGCAAGCUAUUGCUGGUGAUAGACAGGCUACAAUCAUAGAGUUCUUGAAGCAAUUCACAUCAAGUGCUUUUGCAAUUUGCUUUGAAGAGAGACAUGUACAGAAUUCUCUUAAGGUACCAAAGAGUUCAAAUUCACAUACUCCCUCUUCAUCUUCCUCAAUUGAAGCACAAAACCCUAAUCCUACUUGUGAUGUUAAUAACCAAAACACAGUCGAAGCACUCCCUUCAUCUACAAUAACUCAAGUUCAUCAAAAUUCUUGCUCUCGUUCCUCCCAAGGGGACUCAAUUACACCCACUCUAAUUAUUUCCAAAACCCUAGCACCUCAAAACCCUACUUCAACACUUUCUCCAACCACUCCAAAAGUACCCACCUCAUCUACUCUUGCCAUAGCUUCCCAAGACCCUAAUUCCCUCAAUACCCAAAACAAUUCAUUGACACCCGCUUCAAUUUCCACACAGAAAGCCUCCCCAAACCCUAUAACCAAUGCCAGAGAUGACCUUGGAAGGAGAUGGCCAAGAGAUGAAGUUUUGGCUCUUAUAAACCUGAGAUGCAGUCUCCAUAGUAAUGGUGAGGACAAGGAAGGAACCAAGGCUCCUCUAUGGGAGAGAAUCUCACAAGGGAUGUUAGAAUUGGGUUACAAAAGAAGUGCAAAGAGGUGCAAAGAGAAAUGGGAGAACAUUAAUAAGUACUUUAGGAAAACCAAGGAUGUUAACAAGAAGAGGUCUGUUGAUUCUAGGACAUGCCCUUAUUUUCAUCAGUUAAGUACUUUGUACAAUCAAGGAAAACUUGUAGCACCUUCCGAAGGGCCUGAAAAUCGCUUGAUUGAACCUGAAAACCACUCAGCUUUACCGGAAGUCGGCCACAUUGAUAAUUCUUCUCGAGGUGUGUCUAGUAAUUCAACUAUGCAUGUUGCUGAAGGUGAAAAAAUUAAUGCUCAAGUACCAUCUUUUGAAUUUGAAUUCUAAUUAUGCAUUGUGUGUUAUUGUAUUUUUAAUUAAAUGAUAAUAAUAUUAAUAAGCGGUAGA